AGAGGAGAGGAGAAAAAUAGAGAAAGGAGGGCGCGCACCAGUGUUCCGGGUCAAGCAGGCAGUCAGGCAGUUUGGGAAGACCGGCCGACUCCAAUCCCCACAGCAGUUGCAAAAGACUGGGAUUGAGAAGCGUUUUUUUGCGCUUGUCCCAAGCGCAGGGAUGGCUCCUCCUCCUUUUUUUUUUUUUUUGUUCUAUAGGAACUUGUUGAAGGCGGAAGACUAGACAAGACCGGAGAGCGAGAGAGAGACAGAGAGCGCGAGCCACAGAGAGCGCGAGGCGCCGUGCAAAACCGAGGAGGGAGUGAGCGAGAGGGAGCGCGCGUGCUUUGGGACCCGGGGUUGCUAAGGGCGCGCGCGCGAGAGAGGGAGAAAGCGAGAGCGCGAGCCCUGCCUCCCUCCCUCCCUCCCUCCCUGGGGCGCGCGCACACAGCGAGCCCGAGCUUCGUCUGCGAGAGAGGGAGAGAGAAAGACCUCGGCGGCUGGCUGCCUGGCAGGCGGGCGGCUUGCUGGCUGGCUGUUGUUUUUCCUGCCGCCGCCGCCGCCGCUAUGUUCCAUUGCAUCCCUCUGUGGCGGUGCAACCGUCAUGUGGAGCUUAUCGACAAGCGCCACUGCUCUCUGGCCGCCGUCCCGGAGGAGAUCUACCGCUACAGCCGCAGCUUGGAAGAGCUCCUCUUGGACGCCAACCAGCUCCGCGAGCUGCCCAAGCCUUUUUUCCAGCUUGUGAAAUUACGAAAACUCGGACUUAGUGAUAACGAAAUUCAGCGGCUUCCUCCAGAGAUAGCAAACUUCAUGCAGCUUGUAGAACUUGAUUUGUCCCGAAAUGAUAUUCCUGAAAUUCCUGAAAGUAUCUCCUUUUGCAAAUCACUGCAAGUAGCAGAUUUCAGUGGGAAUCCUCUCACCAGGUUGCCUGAAAGCUUUCCAGAGCUGCAGAAUCUUACGUGUCUCUCUGUAAAUGAUAUCUCUCUACAAGCAUUGCCUGAAAAUAUUGGAAACCUUUAUAACCUGGCAUCACUGGAACUGAGAGAGAAUCUGUUGACAUACUUACCUGAGUCAGUAGCCCAGCUGCAGAGACUAGAAGAGCUGGAUCUAGGAAACAAUGAUCUCUAUAAUUUGCCAGAAACUAUAGGAGCACUUUAUAAUCUUAAAGACCUUUGGCUGGAUGGAAACCAGCUGGCCGAAUUACCUCAGGAAAUAGGAAGCCUGAAAAACCUGUUGUGUCUGGAUAUCUCUGAAAACAAACUGGAAAGACUACCAGAAGAGAUAAGUGGUCUGACAUCUUUAACUGACUUACUCAUCUCUCAAAAUCUUCUUGAGGUGCUACCAGAUGGUAUAGGAAAAUUAAAAAAGCUGUCCAUCUUGAAAGUUGACCAGAACCGGCUUGUUCAGUUAACAGAAGCAGUAGGGGACUGUGAAAGCCUUACAGAAUUAGUUCUUACAGAAAACCAGCUGCUGACUUUACCAAAGAGCAUUGGAAGGCUAAAAAAACUAAACGUACUGAAUGUUGACAGAAACAAAUUGGUGUCUUUACCAAAAGAGAUUGGUGGGUGUUGCAGUCUAAAUGUUUUCUCGGUACGGGAUAACCGGUUAUCUCGGAUUCCCCCAGAAAUAUCACAAGCUACAGAACUUCAUGUCUUAGAUGUAGCAGGAAACAGGUUGUUGCAUCUCCCUAUGUCCCUGACUAGCUUGAAGUUGAAAGCCUUGUGGUUGUCCGAUAACCAGUCUCAGCCCUUGCUUACGUUCCAGACGGACACAGACCCUGAAAUAGGAGAGAAAAUUUUAACAUGUGUUUUACUUCCUCAAAUGCCUUCUGAGCCUGGUUGCCAAGUAGAUAACCUGCCUCGAUGUGGUGCCCUGGAGAGUUUGGUAAAUGAAAUGUCAGACGAAACAUGGAAUGAACGAGCAGUAAACAGAGUCAGCGCCAUCCGCUUUUUAGAAGACGAGAAAGAUGAAGAGGAUAACGAAAUGCGAACACUCCUAAGGCGAGCCACUCCACACCCCGGGGAAUUAAAGAACAUGAAAAAGACAGUGGAGAAUUUGCGGAAUGAUAUGAAUGCUGCUAAAGGACUGGAUUCAAACAAAAAUGAGGUCAAUAAUGCCAAUGACAGAGUGACCACUUCUGUUUAGAGGUUCACGUCCUCCAAGUUUUUUUUGCCUCCUGUGUCUUCCCCCUCCGCUGUCGAACCGUUACUGUCGCAUCCUGGGAAUAUCAUUCAAUCAACUCUCAUGUGUAUAACCAGAAAUCCGACUCAUCUCGUCCUUGUGUCAUUUCUUUGGAAGGUGCUUCUCAAUGGAAGACAAGUGCCUUAUUUCAGUCCAAGCAUUUGAACACAGAGGGCGCAGUGUGCACUGAGAAAUACCUCCUACCGUUUUGUUCUUUGCUUGUGCAACUCCUGUUUGUUCUCCGGUGAAUUGUUCCCAUUCUUUCCUGCAUUGCCAUUUUAGUAGAUUUUUAAAGUACUUGUUUGUUUUUUUAACCUAGAGGGGAAUUCAUUGCAAUCAUGCAUCUCUUUUACAUGGAGGUUGUCUGCUAUUUUGUUUUGGGGAGGGGGGGGGGGUUGCCCAUAAGGCUUCGGGGUAUUUAUAUGGCCCUUUUUGACCUAUGAUGAAAAAAGUAGAAGUUAUACAGAGAACUGAUACUUUUUUUUUUAUCUCUCUGGCAGCUCAGAUGGUGUAAAUUUUAUAAUUUUGUAUAGAAGUUUCAUAACAAAAAAUGAUGUACUUCAUUUUUUAGAAAAGAAAUUUUAAAAGGUACGUUUUGCUAUUUGUGCAGGAUGAAUUUCCAGGGAGAGUCAUGCUUGUCAUAUCUACAUGUGCCUUAAUGCCACCAAAGUCAGUUUAUACAAUGAAUUAACAAUUGUGAGAUAAAUUAAAAGAACUUGGGAUGUACUAUUUUGCAAACAGUUACCUUUUAACUCCCCUUUGCAAAAACUCAGUUUAUUUUAGGGGGGAAAUGAUCUUCAUUCUCCUAUGGUGAUAUUUAAGAAGCUCAGAUUGCCACUGCCUUAUUGUACAAUGCACUCACACACUUUUUUGGAGACCUCUCUUUGGCUGCUGCAGCAGCAUUUGCAGUCAUUAGAAUUUCAGGUGCCCAUCUUUAAAUGUGCCAUGUGUAAGCAAAGUUGAUCAAAAUGCACAAUAGCAUGUGUAUAGAGUUCUGAAAAAUGAAUGUUACGUACUGUACAGGCAUGAUAUUCUCAAACAGAUGUGGAAGGUUUUAUAUCUAUAAAACCUAAUAAAACACUACAAAAAUA